AUGGUCAGGCGAGGGUUCAUCAACGAGCUGGCGGGCACCCUACUCGUGUUCCUCACCGGCUUCUUCUGGGGCCUGGGCACCUCAGUCUUCCCCGGUUUAUGGGAAACCGACGAGCAGGAGAGCCGAGGCACCUAUUGGGCGAGCGUGGCAGGCAUAGGCAUUGCCAUACCGUCCGGUGUGGCUGUGGCCGUUGCCAUCGCAGGGGGUGGGGCCUCUUCGCCGAUCGUGGGCGUGGCCAUCAGCGCCUCGCUGCUGCCGCCCAUCGCAAACGCCGGGAUGCACUUCGCGCAGGCCCUCAUGCAACGCCUGACCGACGAAACCGCCACGGAUGACUGGGAAACGAGUUGCAGGAUCGGCGGCUAUUCCUUGCUCCUGUUCGGCACCAACUUUGUGUGCAUCGUCUUCUCGGCGCUGCUGCUGUUCCGAGUGAAGGGCGUGAAGCGCAGGCGGGUCGACGUGUCGGCCCUGGUCAAGCAGGCCGAAGAGAAGCCGCGAACCGAAGACGACCUGAACUUGUCGACCGACAACAGGAGCACCUUCGAAGGGGGUGAUGACCGCGACUGUUUAGAGGAGGAGCAUGGCCACCUGGCCGUGGAGGGUCCAGGCGCCACGUCCUCGGGCGACAUGGAGACCACCACCCUCACAAUCAACCCAUUCGAUGAUGACGAUGAUGAGUACCAUAAACAGAGUUAA